AUGGAGGCAGCAUCCGUCCCAGCCCUCAGGAAGCUGGAGCCCAGGUCCAGCCCUCCUCUUGGCCUCUUCUUGGCAGGCAACCUCUGGGACAGUUGUGCAGAAGAAUCCAGGCCUCAGGGCCAUGCACUUCCAGGGAGCACUCAGGAAAGCACCCUUCUCCAGGCCCUGUCCCCACGGGCCUCCCACACCCAAGUCGAGGAGGACUUUGGGACCAGCAUGAGGAUGCUUUCUUGGAGACACUUGCCUCACAGAUGUGGGCUCCGGCCCCAGCAGCAGGUCGAUGUCUUCUAUGAGCACAGGCAGAGACCGCUGGUGGGCAGGACCACCACGUGGUCAGGGGCCAGGCCAGGUUGUCUAGGUCCGGGAACUGCCUCGGACUUGGAUUCGGGGCUCGUGGGCUCCUCCCUUCGGCCACGCUUGGCAAGGCCGGAUAUUCCGACUGGCAGUUCCCACCAGGCCGCAGGGAAGGCGCUGGGCCUGCGGGGCCGACUGCCCACUGUCUCAGGGUCACCGCAGGCCUGGCAGAAGGCGAGGAAGAGCUCAGUCCUGCAGGAGUGA